UUUUUGUUUACGCGGCAUUUUGUUCUUCGGAACAUGAUGUCGAGUGGAGUCAGAUGUUCUGAAAGGAAUGAUCCUAAUUGUUCCAAUACAUUUAACCAAAAAAUACCAGAAUGCGAACUACUUCCAGAUUACCAUUUUUACUGUCAACUUGCCCAUGGAAGCCCUACCGGAAUUAUACAUGGUUUUAAAACAGUCCGUCAGCUCCACACGAAAAUAUCGGAGUGUUUUGAUAUAAAUCCAUCUCAGAUUAUGUAUUGUACACGUAAUACACAUAAAUUAGAUAUGGAUAAAUUAUUAAGUUAUGAAAUUGGUUUAAAUGAUUUUUUAUUUGCACAUAUUAAAGGACAACCAAAAGAGAUUAAAAUACGUAAAACAAGUGAAUCAUUUGGUUUAACAUUAACAGAUAAUGGUUGUGGUGUAGUCAUUAUAAAACGUAUUAAACCUGGAGGUUUUAUGGAUAAAGUAUCUAAAGCAUGUCAUGGUUUAAUACAACCUGGUGAUCAAAUUGAAAAAAUCGAUGAUAUUUCAUUUAAUGGUCGACGUCAUUAUCAUGUAGCAUCUUAUUUACAAAGUAUUCCUAUCACAAAUGUAUUUUGUCUACGAUUAAUUUCACCAGAACGUUGUCCUAUGUAUAUGAUAAGUUCACGUUCAAAAGGUAGAAAUAGUCAUGUUGGAUCAGGCAAACGAACUAUUCGUUUUAAACAAGAUGGAAAUUUAGAAGAAAAUGAGAUUGUAGAUGUUGAAAUUGAAGGAAUUCAAAGAAUUAAUGAAAUACUUGGUGAUAGUCUUGGUUUUGAAGAUAAUGAGCUUGAACCCAAGGACCUCAAUAGCAUUAUCUAGCGCAGAGAAUGAGAUUAUACUAAAUACGUAAUUCUGAGCUACAAAUGUUCAUCGUUGUUUCAAAAUCUAAAUCACACUCGUAAUGAACGAUUCAAUACUUUUAUUAGCGUGUUCUGAACAUAGGUAGUUUCAGCUGUUCUCCUUAGUGGACAAUCCUUUCCAGCUGUUUUCAAUUGUUAUUCAUAUCUGAUUAUGUUUCCUGAAGUGAUGUGUUGUUUGGCCUUUCUCUCUUCCGCUUCCCUUCAGGAUUGCAAUUUAGAGCUUGCUUCGUGAUGCAGUUUGGUGAUUUCCGUAAUAUAUGUCCUAUCCAUUUCUUAAUUUUCUCUUCACCUAGAAGCUGGUUGUUGCUAAUGAUAUCCGACCAAUGGAUGUUGUGUAUCUUGCGUAGACAGCUAUUUAUAAAUACUUGCAACUUCUUGAUGAUGAUUGUAGUAGUUCUUCAAGUUUCAGCUCCUAUUUUGACUUUGAUACUAGUUGACAGAAAAUUGUUUUGAUUUCUAUAAAUAUACAUUGUUAGUUGGUUGCUAACUACAAAUAAAACUAGUGAUAAACAUUUUUUUAAAAUUAUUGAUUCCUGUCAAGUACACAGAUCAUGAAAAACAAACACAAACAACCAUAAAACAUCACAUCAACAUAUUUCUCGCAUAUUCAAUCAUCAAACUCCGUAUGCUAUCGGUUAUUAAUCUUAGUUACAUACCUAACUUCAGUACUGAUAUACAUAUACAUAUAUAUAUAUAUAUAUAUAUAUAUAUAUAUAUAUAUAUAUAUAUAUAUAUAUAUCAGUCACUGUCAAAUCAAAUCAUUGAUUGUUCACUACACUACCAUUUUUUCCUUUACACAAUAAAAAUUGUAACCUCCUUUGUUUGAUCACUGGAAUUCAUCAUGAACGACAUAAGUGUAGUACAUAAAUAAUUAAAAGAAAAACACUUGAAAGAAAAACAAAAAACACGAGAAAGAAAAAGAGUGAAAAGAAGAGUAAUGAAGUCGUUAAUCGUUUAUUUUCUUCUACAUAACAACAACAACAAUAAUAAUAAUCAUAAAAUGGAGUAGUUUAAUGAAAUUAAUGUGAUAUAUCAUUAUAUCAUAUAAAAUAAUUAAUACGUAAGAAAAUGUAUCCAACAUAGGAAAUUGACUGAGAGUAUUUAUAUUCAUAAGAAUAAAUAAAUACUAAAUUCAUUCUUUAUUUAUAUUAAUAAAACUAUUGGUAUGUGAUCAAUUUAAAUGAAGAAAAUUUCACAAUAGAUUCUAAUCAACUAAGUAAAUAUUCUAUGAUAUAAUAGUUGAGAUUGUCAGUGAAUUGAAAUUAGAUCAUCAUGAAAAAUCUGGAAACAUUCGACGAUCGUUUCAUCCUAUUGUGGGACUCUUCAAAAGUGAGCAUACAUGAUCAUGCCUCAAGAGAUUUAAACUGAGGAUCUAUCAAUUUCGUACACGAACGCUUAACCUCUAGAUCAGUGAGCCGGUCAGCAUACAACUGUGUUCAUGUCUAACAUCAAUUAAUCCACCGAAUUGAACGACACAUCCAUUAUUGUCUUCAGUGAGUUACUAUUUUAUAACAGAUCAGUUGAAUUUCACUGGUCACUAAUUCUCACUAGAACUCCAGGAAAUACUUCUUAAAGCUAGAUACUAAUGAGCAUAUGUUGAUUCAUAUCAGAAAGGUUAAUAGUAAUAUAGUAAUAUAGUAAGUACGAAAAUGUAAAAAUUUUUUUUUUUGAAUAAAGUGCAUUAUAGGAGAAUAUCCUCUUGUCAAUUGAGAUAGCAAUGAUAAUAAUAUUGUUGUGUGAAUAUAAUAUGUAGUAAGGGGGAUAUUACGCUUAUUACGAUAAACGAAUUAGGAAUGAUGGAUGUGAAGAUUAAGAUAGAGGUAAUCAAAAAAAGAAGAGGGCAAGAUAUUUAUAAUACUCAGUUUAGGUAUUCGGUGAUCCAGUAAAUGUAGAGGCUGGAUACACCUUUUCUGGAUACAUAAGUUUGGUUUUUUGGAGUCGAUCUAAAUGGCUUAGGCUAUGUAGAAUAACCGUGAUGUACAUCCUUGAGGUAGAUAUUUUGGAACUUGAUAUAAAACAGAGAAAGCUUCCUCUAUUUUUAUAUGAUGUUCAUUAUCUACCCAGUAAGAAAGGAUAGUGCUGUUGAUCGAUUUAGUGACUCCUUUUCCUAACGAUGCUGGUACAUAUUCACGAACACGCAAAAAUAAAGCCCACUGAGUACGGUCUAUGAAAUUAGCCUCACAGGAGCAGUUGAAUUGGUAUACACACAUAGUAUAUUGACUGAUAGACACCGUGAGGCUAUUCGCAAGCAAAAAUUGAAUGAACACAUUCCUAUCACCAAACGUAAUAAUGGAUCGGGCAUCGUUAUUCUAAACAAGAUAGACUACAUAGAUAAGAUGAGUUCCCUACUGAGUGAUCAAACUAAAUUCCAAAAGCUUGGGUCAUAUAAAGACCUCAACGAAAAGACCGAACGUCAACGAACUGCAGCAUUAGAAAUUUUUAAAACAACAUCAAUACGUCUUUGAGCAUACCUAUGAUGGGCUCAGGCCUUCUAGAACACAUACCUCUCGACUAUAUGGCGCACUUGUGCGAGACACAUAAGCUAAGGGUUCGAAUCCCAUGAGGCGAGAUCGUGGGUGUGCACUGAUGACGAGUCCCGUAGUAGAACAAAACAACCAUAAAGCGCUUCCCAGGUUUUUCUUGAUGGUCUAACUUCAAUUGACUAAUCAAUUCAACUAUUAAAAAUAACUACAAAAUAUGUAUUACAUAUUAUCAAAAAGGAGUUUUGUAAAGAUUUUAGUAAUUUCAAUAGUGGAAUUCAUAAGUCAAAUAAAGCUAGACUACCAUGAAAAACCUGAAAACAUUAGACAAACAUUUUGUCUUAGUAUCGGACACCUUAACGGUACACAGCUACGAUCCCACUCCAUGAGAUUCAUGAAUUCAAACUUUUCAAUAUAACAGAUUGAAAUCAUGAGUCAACUAAAGAUAGACCACCAUUCAGAACCUGGAAGCAUUGGACGGCCGUUUCGUCCUAGUAAGGGAUUCCUCAGCAGUGCACAUCCACGAUCUCUCACCCUGCGAAAUUCAAACUUAGGACCUAUUAGUCUCGUGCCAGGUGCUUCACCAACUAGACCAUUGAGCCGGCAUCCAAUCGUGAUAAUGCUUAACUUCAACCAUACCACGAAGUUUUGCAACCGUAAACCAUUGUCUUCAGUGAAUUGAUAUCUUACAACAGACCUGGUUAAAUUUCAAUAUCAUAUAAUUUUCAAAAAAUAUUUUCAUGUUUAAUCUCAUGUUUAUUGUUAUUUAUUCUUUUGUUUUGUUUUUGUUUGUUUGUUUUGUUUUUGUUUUUGUUUUCUUUUUUCUUUCUUUUCUUUAUUUUAAUAAUUAGCAUUCUAUCUAUAUAAAUUAGCUAAAUCAUCAUUAAAUCCAAAUGAUUUAGAACAACAUAUGAAUAGAAAUAAUAAAUUAUUUGAAUUUAUAUUACCGAAAACAUUAAUUCAUUUAUUAUGGAAAACAGCUCAUUUCAAUGAAUCUAAUUCAAUGAAUCUUAUUAUUCAUACUAAAUAUAAUGAUCAUUAUCAUUGAAAGUUUUAUAAUCUAAAGAAAUAUAUGAUAGUAAUUCUAUCAUUGUUGGUUCAUGAAUAAAUAUACAAUUUCAUGUAUGUGAUAAUAUAGAAUAGGUGAAUCAGAAUUUUCACUACCGGUGAAAAGAAGACAUUACUAUCUCUCUAUCACUCACUCCCUCUCUCUCUCUCUCGCUCCCGUUAUCCUUCCCCUAUUCUUCUACAUGCUCUCUAUUUCUCUGUCGCCUGUCUACCUGUUCCGCAUUACUAUCUCUCACUCACUCACUCACUCACUCACUCACUCACUCACUCACUCACUCACUCAUUCACUCACUCUCUCUCUCUCGUUAUCCUUCCCUUAUUCUUCUGCCUGCGCUCUAUUUCUCUAUCGCCUGUCUACCCGUUCCGCAUUACUAUCUCUCAUUCUAUAUAUAUAUAUAUAUCUUUCUCUCGUUAUCCUUCCCCUACUCUUCUGCAUGCGCUAUUCUUCUCUAUCCCUCGUAUAUACUUCUGGGCGCUCUCUUUCUCACUCUCUCUAUAUCCCUCUCUUUUUUUUUCUAGGUUACUUGUAAUUAUAAGUAUGGAAAAUAGUUUAAUUGAAAACGCUUUAUUGAACGAUGUAUAAUUUUUAACGCUUUAAAUAUAAAUAUAUAUUGAAUGAAAUUAUUUUAAUGCAUAAUUUAUCUGAUUAUUGUGUGUACAUUUUGUUUAUAUAUGAAUAAUAA